CCGCGCGCGCCUCCCCGGCAGUCCGGCGCUCCGGCUCGCGCGCUCCUGUCGCCCGGCCCGCUGGCCCGCUGUCUCCGUCGUCGCCGUCCCAGCCCCUCGGACACGCGGUCGCAUCAUGUCUUCGCCUCCCGAGGGGAAGCUAGAGACGAAAGCCGGACACCCGCCCGCCGUGAAAGCUGGCGGAAUGCGCAUUGUGCAGAAACACCCGCAUUCGGGAGACACCAAAGAAGAGAAAGACAAGGACGACCAGGAGUGGGAAAGCCCCAGCCCGCCCAAGCCGACCGUGUUCAUCUCUGGUGUCAUUGCCCGGGGCGACAAGGACUUCCCUCCGGCGGCCGCGCAGGUGGCUCACCAGAAGCCCCACGCCUCCAUAGACAAGCACCCGUCCCCGAGAACCCAGCACAUCCAGCAGCCUCGCAAGUGAGCGGCGGGACCCAGCGCGUCCAGCAGCAGUGCCUCAGUUUCCCAAUCUUUCGUGUUUCCUCAGCAGAGAAAACCAGCAUUUUCUUCAAAAAUACUGCUCCUCUGGGAAAUCUAAGACCAAGCCAAGUGCCCCUGCCUUUGCCUUAAAUUUCUGUAUCUGAAACUACAAAGGAUCUGACCCCCCAGCCUUGUGUCCACAGAGGCCCUGAUUGGUGGCCUUUGGUUUCCCUGUAAGGGCCAGAAGCCGAACUUGCCCAGACCUAAGCCAGGGAAGUUUCCAGAGCUCAGUUUUACGUCUCUGUCAGCAGUCAUCGAAGGCCCUGCGUGUGGUCCCAAAAACAAGAGGGCACACAUUUGGGGAGGACGGGAUAGAUAAAGGCCAGAGGAAACGUGGCGCACAUCAUGCCGUUCAGUAACAGGACACUGUGCCUUCACAGCUAGGGGAGACCGGGACAGUAAUGAGGGGGUGGGUUGCAGGAAGGCAGGGCAGGGAAGGUUUUUGGUGGAAGUGACACCAGCAUCCCGGGACUCCCCUCCCCCUGACAGGGGUCACUGCACGGGGCGAGGGUGGGGGUGUACCAGGUGGUCCUGGGAAGCGAAAGAGAGGCGCCCAUCAUUGAAAGGCUCUUGAGCCUCAGGAGCCGCCUCCUGGAAAAUUGGAAUCCAGGCAGUCUGCCGGGAAGAAGCAUCUCCGGGAGGAGAUCGCAGUGUGCGUCCGGAGUCUGGCGCUGCCUCCUGACGCAGACAGCCUCCAGCGGGGCCAUCAGGCAGAGCUGCGGGGUUCAGAAUCCCGUCUAGAGCUGCUCCUGAGUUCUAGAAGUGACCACCGAACAGACACAAGGCUAGUUCUGGAACACUAAAGCAAGGGCAUUUGCUCAGCGAAAGACCGGACGAGAACCUGUCCGUUGUCUCCUCCGAGAAAGGUGGAAACUCCGUGUUCCAUUUCAGCUAGGAAAACCCCGUCCAUCCAGCUGCCCCGAAAUCCUUCUGCGCAAGCGCAGGUCUGCCCGGGUCCGCGACCACCUGGGCAAGUCCGAUUGUCCUACGCUUUCAGCCCAUCCUUCCUGCCCGGAGCUGCCCUAGACUGCGCCCCGGCUCACGGCUGGAGAGUGCUUUUACUUUUCUGAAAAUCCAAAGGGCUGCCCUCCUCAGACGUAGCCGUCUUCCAGAGCAGGUGCUUCUGGAGCAGGUAGGGCUCCCACGUCCCACUGGCCAACAGCCCGACCUGCUGCGGGUCAGCAGCGUGAGUCCCGCCGGGCCGCCUCACGUCCUGAUCAAAACCGCGUCUGCCCACCGGUAAAAACGAUGCAGACCUCAUCAGAGCCACCUCUCGCCCUUCCCGGAGGGAGCAGCACAGCGCUGCUUCACAUACUAAAGGCGGUGUUUGCUUUCCCUUCUCAUUGAUUCUCUGGGAGCAGGGUCGAACCAUCAAGGCACCCUGUGGUCACACCCGGGAUUCCUUAAAUGGGGAGACAUUGGUAUGACCAGGCUACCUGGCUUGCAGAGAUGCGAACUGGGGGUGGGGGAACAGCGUGCCCUGGGAGCACAGCAAGCCAGCAGCCGCCCCCAGCUACCUCCUGGAGCUAGGUCAGGCCUGUGCAGAUCACCAUACCCUCCCCUAGGAAAUUCAGAAAUUCAGAUGCGUCCUUGUUACUUUCUGGUUUUGCAACCCAGAGCUCUGCGCUGUUUCCCAAGGUACAUGGUUCACAUCCUUUCGCUGCUUCGGACAUGUGUCCCUGCUCUCUAAAUCCUUACGUGCAAAAUAUUUUCCUGAAUGAGUUCAUCUGUUGUGAACCUUGAGAAUAAUAAUGAUUGUAAUAAAACUUGCAUUUCUUCUCA